ACACAUCUCGUAUUUGUUUCAAACCUGCUACGCCGGGAACUCGGAGCUGUCAUCUACUGGAGCUGAUUAUGCAUGCAGCAGCAGCGGAGCCUGAUUGGGCGUAGUAGGACCUAAGGCGAGGGGGAGAGGGAGUGGGGAGAGAGUUGGGCUUGCAGCACCGAAAUGUAAACAGUGCGAAGGCAGACGGAGCAAAACGCCGGUGGGCGCCGAGCCGCUCACCUCUCGCCCAUUGCCCUCCGGGCUGGAUGAGCAGGAGCAGGCACGGCGGGCAUCUCCUGCCUGUGGAUAUCCAUCGGGGCAGUCGGGAUGCGCUAGCUUUCUCCAGCGCUGCAGCUCCGCCGUGCUCCGCACCGGAGCUCGGACGGGGCAAUGGACAUGAACAUGAAGAAGUUCACGGUGCGGCGGUUCUUUUCUGUGUAUCUCCGCAAGAAGUCUCGGUCGAAGAGCUCAAGCCUAAGUAGAUUUGAGGAAGAAGGUAUUGUGAAGGAAAUAGACAUCAGUCACCAUGUGAAGGAAGGUUUUGAAAAAGCAGAUCCUUCUCAAUUUGAGCUGCUGAAAGUAUUAGGACAAGGUUCAUAUGGAAAGGUAUUUCUAGUGAGGAAGAUCAAAGGAUCUGAUGCAGGCCAGCUGUAUGCCAUGAAGGUACUUAAGAAAGCAACUCUGAAAGUUCGGGAUCGGGUACGGUCAAAAAUGGAGAGAGACAUUUUGGCAGAAGUGAAUCAUCCUUUCAUAGUCAAGCUUCAUUAUGCAUUUCAAACAGAGGGGAAGUUGUAUCUAAUACUAGAUUUUCUGCGGGGAGGGGACCUUUUCACAAGACUCUCCAAAGAGGUGAUGUUUACAGAAGAGGAUGUCAAGUUCUACUUAGCUGAGCUGGCCUUGGCUUUAGACCACCUCCAUGGGCUUGGAAUUAUUUACAGGGAUCUAAAACCAGAAAACAUUCUUCUUGAUGAAGAGGGCCACAUUAAGAUAACAGAUUUCGGUCUGAGUAAAGAAGCCAUCGAUCAUGACAAGAGAGCGUAUUCGUUCUGUGGGACAAUAGAGUAUAUGGCCCCAGAGGUGGUCAACCGCAGAGGACACACUCAGAGCGCCGACUGGUGGUCUUUUGGUGUGCUCAUGUUUGAGAUGCUGACAGGGUCAUUACCAUUCCAGGGAAAAGACAGAAAGGAGACAAUGGCUCUUAUACUCAAAGCCAAGCUGGGAAUGCCACAGUUCUUGAGCAUAGAAGCCCAGAGCCUGCUGCGAGCCCUCUUCAAAAGAAACCCAGCUAACAGAUUAGGUGCUGGAUUUGAUGGAGUGGAAGAAAUUAAACGUCACCCUUUCUUUAUUACUAUAGACUGGAACAAACUGUACAGAAAAGAAAUCAAGCCGCCUUUCAAGCCUGCAGUGGGACGGCCAGAAGACACUUUCCACUUUGAUCCGGAGUUCACAUCUCGGACCCCCACAGAUUCCCCAGGUGUUCCUCCAAGUGCCAAUGCUCAUCAUCUUUUCAGAGGGUUUAGCUUUGUUGCCUCUAACUUGGUGCAGGAGCCUGCACAGCAGGAUGUGCACAAAAUCACCGUUCAUCCAAUUGUGCAGCAAUUACAUGGAAACAAUAUUCACUUUACAGAUGGAUAUGAGAUCAAGGAGGACAUAGGAAUUGGCUCCUAUUCAGUGUGCAAGAGGUGUGUUCAUAAAGCAACAGAAACCGAGUUUGCGGUGAAGAUAAUUGACAAGAGCAAGAGAGACCCCUCUGAAGAAAUAGAGAUUCUCUUGCGAUACGGACAGCAUCCAAACAUCAUUACUCUUAAAGAUGUCUAUGAUGAUGGGAAAUAUGUGUACCUGGUGAUGGAGUUGAUGCGGGGAGGAGAGCUCCUGGACCGCAUUCUUCAGCAGAAGUGUUUUUCAGAGCGAGAGGCCAGCGCUGUGCUGUGCACUAUCACCAGGACUGUGGACUACCUGCACUCACAGGGGGUGGUUCACCGAGAUUUGAAGCCAAGUAAUAUCCUCUACAUGGAUGAGUCAGGAAACCCAGACUCCAUCAGGAUCUGUGACUUUGGCUUUGCCAAGCAACUGAGAGCAGAGAAUGGGCUGCUCAUGACUCCCUGCUACACCGCCAACUUUGUCGCCCCUGAGGUCCUUAAGCGCCAAGGUUACGAUGCAGCCUGUGACAUCUGGAGCUUGGGGAUCCUGUUGUACACCAUGCUGGCAGGGUUCACUCCUUUUGCAAAUGGGCCAGAUGACACCCCAGAGGAGAUUCUGGCCAGGAUUGGCAGUGGCAAAUACGCACUUACUGGAGGAAACUGGGAUUCAGUAUCAGAUACUGCAAAGGAUAUUGUGUCUAAGAUGCUUCACGUAGACCCUCAUCAGCGUCUCACAGCAGUUCAAGUGUUGAGACAUCCAUGGAUAGUGAACAAGGAAUAUCUGUCUCAAAAUCAACUUAGCAGACAGGAUGUUCACCUGGUGAAGGGUGCAAUGGCAGCCACUUACUUUGCUUUAAACCGAACACCUCAGGCACCAAGGCUGGAGCCUGUAUUGUCCUCCAAUCUGGCUCAGCGGAGGGGCAUGAAAAGACUUACCUCAACCAGAUUGUAGCAGUAGCCCCACAAGGUCUCCUUGGAAACCCACAGUUUAUUAUUUGAGAGAUUCAUCUUUAGUUGGUUAGUAUAACUUUUCUGGACACCUUGCACAUGAAAUCACUGGAACUAGCAGAAGUCCAGCAUAAGGCAAAAUCUACCUUUCCUCCAUCAUUUCUUUUACAUUCCAGCCAGAAUCCUGAGUUUAACAACUUCACAAAGAUGUGCCAAUUUUGCUAGUAGCUCUGUUUCCUUACUGAGGUAAAGCCAAAUAAAGUAGACACGCCCCAUCCAUCCCUCCCUAGAAGAGUCUUUAAGAUGUUCUGCAGGAACAUAGUUUUCACUGUUUUUUUCUCAAGAAAAGCACUUUUUGUAAAGAAGAUGCAGUCAGAUUUGAAUGUUCUCAGCAGUUCCCACAAGCAUCACGAUGAAAUGCUCGGCUGGUCGCCUACUGGUAUCCACUCACCCCAGGAGGACUGAAGGCUGCAGAGACACAUGGAUAAUACCUUACUGGAAAUUAAUGCUAUACAGCAUGAAGGAGAGCAAGCUGUCCGUGGUGGAAACACCUUCUGAUUCCAAGAAAUGUUUUGCACUUUGCCCCUGCCCUGUCUGGAACGAUGUCAGCAGCGCUCGAGGAGAAGUGCACACUGUGAGCUUGACUUUGACAGAGGUCUGGUCCUCUGAGAGCAGAAAGUCUCUGAGAAACAUAGUCCUCCAAGAGGGCUAUUGAGUCCCAUGGGUCUGUGGGAAAGCAUUAGUCUAAAGUAGUGGAGCCUAUGGAUGAGAGGUGACAAAGGUGUCUGGUCUCAGCUCAUAAGAAGGCCGUCUGCCUCUGGAUGCAGGCAAGGUCACUGCCACCACUGGGGAGUGCCCAUUUCUGAAGGGCCCAGCCAACUCUGUCACAAGCUUUAACCAUAAUAAAUCAGGAGGAGAGACAGGAGGAUGCUAUGCUUUUAUAUUUAUAUAAAUAUAUAUACAUCUAUAUUUAUAUAUAUAUAAAAAAAAAAUCUGUACCCUACUGCCUGGAUUAUUCAAGUUCAGGGAAAUAAAACUUGGUUGAGAAGGU